ACCACCUCCUCGGCCGCUCCUGCGACCACCUCCGCUGCGUCGUCCGGCUUCAAAUCCGUCGACCCGGAGGGCAACGGACCUUUUAACGGGGAGACGACUUAUUACGUCUUGGGAACGGAUGGGAACGCGAUCGGGGCUUGUGGGACCAACUUGGUCGAUAGCGAUUUGAUCGCCGCGGCCUCGGAAUACUUGUUCGACUCGUGGCCCGGUUCGAACGGGAACCCCAACCAAAACCCCAUCUGCGGGCAGUUCGCCAAGGUUUCUUACCAAGGAAAGUCCGUUGUCGUCCGAAUUGCAGACCGAUGCCCUGGAUGUGAAAAGAGACACCUCGACUUGAGCCCCUCGGCGUUCACGCAGUUGGCGGACGAGUCGGUCGGAUUGAUGGACGUCACCUGGGAGUGGGUCGGGAGCGCCAGUGGUUAG